AGCUUCUUCAAAACCCUCAUCGACCACGAAGUCACCGUCGAGCUCAAAAACGACAUCCAGCUCAAGGGAAUCCUCAAGAGCGUCGACCAGUACCUCAACAUCAAGCUCGACGACAUCCAGGUCGUCGAGGAGCUCAAGUAUCCCCACCUGAGCUCUGUCAAGAACGUCUUCAUUCGGGGGUCCGUCGUGCGGUACGUGCAUCUGCCUGCGGCGUCGGUGGAUACGCAGCUGCUGGAGGAUGCGACUCGAAGAGGUAAGGCACACUUUUCUUUUGAAGAAAUGUAA